GUUUCGACAAAAUUUUUGAAAUAAAUAGUUGAAGAUAAGCGUUGGGCUGUUGCACCUCAGCCACUUUUAGUUGCCUCUUACCUUCACCAUACCGUUCAUACUAAACCCACAGAUAGAGUUGAGUGGAACAUGGCGUAUGUGGCAAGACCAACAUCUUGUGCUCUCCUCUUGCUAUAUUUCAUUAGCAUAUUUACCAGCGGCACCAGGGCAGAUAUAAUUGAGGACUGUGAUAACGGUACUUCUUGUAUUGGAACCUUCGCUGACAUCUACAAUGCCUUAGCAUCAGAUGAGAACAAUUUUAACAUCGUAUCAGCUUUAUAUCCAGCCAAGAAGCCUUCAUCAAUUCUUGUCUUCAUAAAUAUGUAUGGAAAGGAUGGAUCCAGAAAAGCAGACAACUCCAUACCAGAUGUGAAGAACUACACUUGGAGUUUGAGUUGUCUUUAUGCUGCUUUUCCGGCUGCUUUCCUUGAGAUCUUGUCUCUAGGCACAAUAUUGGUGACUCCCCGCAUGCAAAGCCUGAGUAUCACAAUUCCAUAUUUCUGUUGUAAUGUUACCGCCGAAAAAAGGAACAGAAUGGUUGUUGAUGUACUGGCGAUGCUUCAAGAUCUUGCUGUCACUCCAAACUUACAAGAUCCACAAUUAAAUUCCGCAGAAUGUGUCACAAAUGACCAUAAGCCAAACAUAGAGGCUACAGAACACGGUCCUUACUUAUUGGCACUUUUAUACUGUUCAUUUUUGUGUGUCGUGCUGCUCAGCCCGCUAUCAAUCCUUUACGCUUUAGGGUACUUAAAAAAACACUCUGGUAGUGAGGAGUGUGUAUUAUGUAUUAAUUCAAAAUGUUCCACAUGUUACAAAUGCGAAUUUUGUAACAAAAGAGAAGAGCCACUGAAACGUUCUGCAGCUCUUGUAUGUGGUAUAGUGUUGGUGAUAGAGGUAGUUGUUUGGGUUGCGGUAUGUAGCGUAUAUUCAACCAAGGGUAAUCUUCCCUCAGAAUUCUACGAAAAUUCAACCAAGGUUAAUCUUCCAUCAGGAUUCUACGCUAUUAUUGCGUUGAUAGGGCUGCAAAGUGUUAUAGAAUUCAUUCUACUGCAGUGCUGUAAAUCUUUUAAAGAUUGGAAGACUGGUUCAAUUUGCGGCAGAGCAUUGCUCAUUGUGAGCACAAAGUUAGUAUUAUGUCAUCUGUGCUGGGUUGCCAUUGGGAUCAUGCUUAAUCCAACAUGGGGUUUGUCUGCUUUACUCAUCAUUUCCUUCUUUCUUGUUUUGUUGUUUUAUUUUAUGUACCAAAUAUGCAGUGUCAACCAGUGCAUGAGUUAUCUCUUCUUUAGGCGUUUUGGCUUAUGUGCAGCUGGCUUUUUUGGUGUUUCUUUAGCUAUUGUUCCCCCAGCUUUAGCUGGGAGGUCAUUUUAUGGCCGAGAAACUGCAGAUGAUAUUCUGAAAACUGCGUUAUUGUAUGCUAUUUGUACUGUGUCAUGGCUGUACUUCAAAUCCAUCAAAUCCUCUCCAAACAUUUCCAAGUGUGCCAAGGCUGCAAAAGAGGCAGCAGCUAAAGCUAAAGCUCUAGCUGAAAAGAUAUCUGUGCCCCAGUGUGAUGGAAUAGCUUCAGCUACUACAGCUGCUGUCAAGGCUCAAACUUUAGCAGCUGGCGCAUUAGCUGAAGCUGCUCUAGCUGCUGCAGCAACAGCUGGUGUAUUAGCUGAAGCUGCUGUAGCAGCUGGUGCAUUAGCUGAUGCUGCUGCUGCGGCUGAAGCUGUGACUAAUGCUGUAGCUAAGGUAGGCGAUUCAGAUACUGAGGCUAUGAUUGCGAUGGAAACUUCUGCCAAUGAAAAUUAAGGAAGCGAGAGUCGUUUCCAGUUUUCGUUUGUUGAGCACACCGCAGGUGUUAAUUCAUAAAAGAAAUUCGAGUCGCCAUUUUUCACUCAGAGUUUGUUUGCUCUCACUCCGCCCAGUUUCUUUUUGGCAAUCUUCCAAUCAAUUAGUAAGAGUUUCCCUUUCCCUCCAUAUUUCCUCUGCUUAAAAAAUUCCAUGAUGGCGGAUAAACAUUUAUCGAAGAGGUGUUUAGCCCUCAAUUGCUUGAUCAAUACCUCUUCACUUUUUGUAGGAUAGAAAAUUACAUCGUGCUAGCUUUAAACUCAGCAGUGGCUUGCUUUUACGAGCGUGCAUUUGUAUGUGCUAGA